CCCUUUAUUUGCAUACAGCAGUCUACAAAAAGUAGAACACGGCUGACGUUUAUAUUCGACUUCGGUUUUGCCGCCGUGGGUGGAGUUGUGUGCGAGACCUGUGUCUGCUGCCAUGCCUGAGCCGGCCAAGUCCGCCCCCGCGCCCAAGAAGGGCUCCAAGAAAGCCGUGACCAAGACCCAGAAGAAGGGCGACAAGAAGCGCAAGAAGAGCCGCAAGGAGAGCUACUCCAUCUACGUGUACAAGGUGCUGAAGCAGGUGCACCCCGACACGGGCAUCUCGUCCAAGGCCAUGGGCAUCAUGAACUCCUUCGUCAACGACAUCUUCGAGCGCAUCGCCGGAGAGGCUUCUCGCCUGGCGCACUACAACAAGCGCUCCACCAUCACGUCGCGGGAGAUCCAGACGGCCGUGCGGCUGCUGCUGCCCGGCGAGCUGGCCAAGCACGCCGUGUCCGAGGGCACCAAGGCUGUCACCAAGUACACCAGCUCCAAGUAAACUGCCUGCACCUUUAACCAGAUUUGCUCUUAACCCAAAGGCUCUUUUAAGAGCCACCUACUUUUUCAUUAAAAGGGCUGUAUAGUCAAAUUAUAAGAAA